AGAGAUUAGCUCAAAAAAAAAUAGCAUUCUGUGGUGUGUCGUCAGCUAAAGCGCCAUUUUACAUAAUACAAUAUCAUUUCAUUUUUUUUAUUUUACGGUUGUAGUGUAGCGACGUUAUUCUAGCUAUUGAUAAUUUUAACGCAUAUUGCAGAUAAGUGGGUAAAAACAUUGUGACAUCUUCAGGUUGUAUACGAUUUUUGUCACAAAAAUGGCGAAGCCUACAUUCAAAAAGGGAGACAAAGUAUUUGCAAAAGUUAAAGGAUAUCCUCCUUGGCCAGCUGCGAUUGUAGAGGAUAUUGGCAAAAGAAAAUACAGUGUUAUAUUUUAUGGUACAAAAGAGACAGGUACCAUAAAGGUAGAAGAUUUGUGUUAUUAUUUGCAAAAUAGAGACAAUUAUGCUCCAAAAUAUCUUAAAAGGGCAGGAUAUGAAGAAGCUGUAAAUGAAAUUGAUGCUGCUGUAAAACAAGAUGGUGGAGAUGGUAGUGAAAAUUCAACCUAUUCACCCUUAAAACAUGAUAGUGUUCAAGAUGUUUCUGAUUCUUCAACUGAUGGUUCAAUUACUGAAAAGAAAGCUAUUAAAAGAAAAGCAAAUUCUCUUCCAGAUGAACCAGCCGCCAAAAAGUCUGUAGGUCGGCCAAGAAGGAAAUCAAUAGCAAUUGAUUUAAAGGAUGAUGGACCAAUUGAAAAUCAACAUGAGAAAGAACCCAGAAAAAAAUUAGCUCAUGUAGAUUACAAGGUCAGUUUAGCUGAAACUAUAAUAAAAGAACAAAAAGAAGAGGAUAAUAGCCCAAAAGAGCCUGAAUUUGUUUCAAUAGAAGAUAAUACAGACUCUACUCUACAACCCGAAGAAAUAACUUUAGCCACAGCUAGUAAGUUUGAUGUUGUUACUGAAAGAUUGCUCAAGAACAAUGUUUUAUAUGGAAAAUAUGUUAGAGACCAUGAGAGUAUUUACAAAGGUAAAGCCGUAGAGACUAGAGAAGAUGGCAAGAAUACCGUUUUUCCAGUAAAAUUACCAUUAGGGCCAGUGUGUGGUUUGAAGAUUCACAGAGAGUGGCCCUUGAAGUUCUCUGAUGAGUAUGAUAGGGCAUUGUAUGAUGAAAAAGUAGGGACUGAGCUAUUAGAACUAAAAAAAAAAUUGAUUACUGGGAAUAAAAUUGCAGUAGACGAAGAACAAGAUUUAAUCAUUCUUGACAUUAAUAUGACUGUAGAUGACAUAAAAGAAAUAUCUUAUAAAAGGGACAUUGAAGCUAAGCAAAGUCGGUUAGAAAGGUUGAAAAUAGAAGCAAGUUUAGUGUCUCUAGAUUCAAAAAUCAAAGAUAGUCUGGGUUUAGACAAAGCAGAUCCUACUUUGGCUCUGGAACACCUAAAAGAGUUUGACACUGUGGACUUUGACCCUCUAAUGUUGAAGAAGCACCCUCACAUCAUGGAUACUGUGAGGAGGUUGCGCAAAUAUGUUGGAAAUGUAAAAGAAUGGAACAUGACAGAUAAAGAACUAGAAGAAUUUAUGGCAAAGGCGGCGAAGAUUAGGACAGAAGCUGAAAAACUGUAUGAUAAAAUUAAGAGUUUAUUCGCACUCCCAGAUUCAAAGAUACCGUUCUGGGAUGCAUUUUUGGAAAUUCUUACAGACUUUCGAAACCAUUGUAAAUCUUUAACAGAUGAACAGAUUUCUCUUCUUUGCGCAGAACCGAAUUCCCGGAAGGCAUUUUUUGAUAGAUUAGAUGAUGCUUCAGAGUUGCAGAAGACGGUUGAAAUAAGCGACAUUUGAAUCAAUGAAACCCACUAUGUUUGAAUCUCUAUAUUGUGAAUGUCGUGUACAAUUAGUAGGAUUUUAUGAACUAUCAUAUUUUUUAAAACUUAUUUACCAGCAAAAUGUAAUUGAUAUUGAUUCCACAUCAUUUUCUGUUUACUUACGAAAAACUUUAUAUCAAACACUGUUUACUUU